AUGCUAUUAAAUUCAGGAAAAAACUAUGAAGACCAUCAAUUAAUGAACUCAGCUAUUAAAAGUGUCCGCUUUAUAGGCUGCUCAGGAGUCGUUACUAUUGAAAGCGGCUCAAAUGAUAGACGAUUAACUGUUUAUAGUCUCUACAACAAUUAUUAUAAUAAUUCUACAAAUAAAUGAGAAACUACAGAAGUUGGCCAUUUUUCUCCAUAUUCAGGAACUUAUUUUCAGUUUACUAAUCCAACUGUAUGGCCAGGAAAUUCCGCUCCUUCGACUUUUAAUGAUUUCAAAUGCCCAUUUAAGGAAAAAAAUGUUAGGGUUUCUUUCAAAAGCAAACUAAUUUCAAUUGCUAUUUGUACCAUUACAGUGAUUUUUUGUAUUUUAUUUGCAUUUUUCAUGAUUAGAGGAAAAUUUUCUUAUAAAUUAGAAAAUAUCAGUGAACAAAAAUAUUUUACAGAUCCCGACCUUUGAAUGAUGUCAGUUAUUUUUAUAGAAUCUCUACAGUUUAAAGGAAUAGGGCCAUCAUUUGAAGCUUUUAAUAUAUUUUAUUAUGAUGCAAGCUUAUUAGUUUCUUAUAAUUUGGAUACUCUUUUAGAGCUUAAAGAUGAUUUAUUUUGAACUUUUUUUUACGCAACCGAAGGUACUUGUAUCUUUUGGUUUCUAGUUGAAUUGAGGUAUGGCAAGUGCCUAUAUACACCAAUGACCUUCCCUUAUCAGUGGUUUAUCCUAUUUUAG